UUAAGUUACCAGCUGAAGGUGGGUAUCAUGUACUGCAAAGCCGGGCAGAGCACGGAAGAAGAAAUGUAUAAUAACGAAUCGGCAGGUCCAGCCUUCGAAGAGUUUCUUCAGCUUUUGGGAGAACGAGUCCGACUCAAGGGGUUUGAAAAGUAUCGUGCUCAGCUGGAUACAAAGACUGAUUCAACAGGUACUCACUCUCUGUACACAACAUACAAGGACUAUGAAAUCAUGUUCCACGUUUCUACUAUGUUGCCAUAUACUCCAAACAACAAGCAGCAGCUUCUGAGAAAACGACACAUUGGAAAUGACAUUGUGACGAUAGUUUUCCAGGAGCCUGGAGCACAACCGUUCAGCCCAAAGAACAUUCGAUCCCACUUCCAGCAUGUCUUUGUCAUCGUCAGAGUGCACGGUCCCUGCACCGACAGCGUUUGUUACAG